ACUUCUCCCCGUCCUCCUUGUCUUGCUCCUCACUCCGCGCGCGCGGCCACAACCGCACGUCCACACGGCGCGUGCGCUCACUCUCGACACGUCACUCUACGACGCCGCCAAAUCCUCGCCGGUCGCCGCAACCCGCUCGAACUAGCCACUGGAUCGACACGACUCUUCCCGAACGAGCCAACGGAGCUCCAAAGUCCAAACCGUAGGCCGCUCAAACCGCCGGCCGAGAGAGCGCGCGGCGCGAUCCACUGCACCGCGGCCGGCGGCACGCAGAGAAAUCGGUCGCUUUCCAUUUUCCGUCCGGCGCACGGCGGAGAGCAAGAAGGCCUAUUUCUACUUCUUCCUCGACGCCGCGAAUCUUGACUCAUAGUAUCGCGACCGCGACGGCGCCUACCCAGAUAAACUUCUAGCGCCGACGGUUUUGUUCCGCCGAGGCAGCAUUCGCACCAAGGAGGACAGCGCGCAGCAGGCACGCACUCAUGCUGAACCUGUACCCGAGGCUGGCGACGGGCGGCGCGCUGGCGGUCGACGACGACGAGCCGCACAUCUGCUACGCCAUCAUGGCGGCGCUGGUGUCGCUGCUGCUCUUCUGCGUGCUCCUCGCCGUCGUCAGCCCCGCCAGGGCCUGCGCCAUCACCAGCUUUCUCGUCCUCCUGUUCGGCCUCGUCGCCUUGCUCGCGCCAGCGCGCGGCACCGUCCCGGUGCACAGGAACGGGAGCGGCCUCGGCGCGCGGCCGCCCGCGCCAACCGUGCGGCUGGUGCGCCGGUGCACGUGCGGGCUGACGGACGCGGCGAUCGGCGCGCUGCCGACGUUCGCGUAUGACGGCCCAAAGGCCAACAAGGGCGGCGGCGACGAGCCGCGCGCGAGCUGCCAGCUGCUGUGCGCGGUGUGCCUGGAGGACGUGCAGGGCGGCGAGAUGGUGCGGCAGCUGCCGCCGUGCAGGCACCUGUUCCAUGUGGACUGCAUCGACAUGUGGCUGCACACCCACCGGACGUGCCCGCUCUGCCGCUGCGAGCUCUCGCCGCGGAAGGCCGCCGCGAAAGCCGUCGCCGCGACCGCCACGGGGUCAUCCGCCCACCCCUUGCCACCGGUGUGAAACUGAUACACACUACCGCUGUUGCUGCAUCCUGUAGCCACAUUCCUUCCUUCAUUCCUUUCUGCGAAUUCGAAUUACCCACGCGGCAAUUAAGCCAAUGUAGUGGAGAAAGAAGAUGAUUCAGUGUUCGAUUUAGUACUGUGGGCGUACGUGCAAUUCAUUUGGUGUAUUCAGUAAGACAGAAUGAAACGAUCUGGCAGAGAUUCCAUUA